GUCAAUUUAGUUUGUUGUUGUUUGAAUUGAACUUCUUAUAAUACUUAGAAAUUUCUUUUUUAACUAGGUAAUAAUGAGUCUUUGGGUUGAUAAACAUCGGCCAAGAGAUUUAAUGAAGUUAGAUUAUCACAAAGACCAAGCCAUAAGGCUAAAAAGUCUCGUGCAGCAAAGUGAUUUUCCUCACCUCCUUAUUUACGGUCCUUCGGGCGCUGGUAAGAAAACACGAAUCAUGUGUUUGCUUAGAGAACUUUAUGGCUCCGGUGCGGAACGUUUGAGACAAGAAACAAUGCAUUUUACUACACCCUCCAAUAAGAAAAUAGAAAUCAUGACCGUAAGUAGCAACUAUCACAUUGAGGUUAAUCCAACCGAUGUCGGCAUACACGACCGUGUUGUUAUUAUGGAUCUAGUAAAGAAUGUGGCUCAGACACAUCAAAUCGACUCUUCUGGUCAACGUGAAUUUAAAGUUGUUAUACUGAACGAGGUUGACGACUUGACAAAGGACGCGCAGCAUGCUUUGCGUCGUACUAUGGAGAAAUAUGUGACCACAUGUCGUUUGAUUCUUAUAGCCAACUCUAUAUCUCGCGUCAUUCCUGCGAUUAGGUCCCGUUGCUUAACAAUAAGAGUCCCAGCGCCUACGGAAGCUGAAAUCACCAAUGUGUUACACACUGUGUGUAAGAAAGAAGGUUUAAAUUUGCCCACAGAACUAGGUAUGCGUAUUGCAAAAUGCGCUGACAGAAAUUUACGUCGCGCCUUAUUGAUGUGUGAGGCGUGUAAGGCACAGCAAUAUCCUUUCACACCUGAUCAGAAGAUCCCAGAGCCUGAUUGGCAAACUUUUAUAAGGAGUACAGCAGCAUUAAUCUUAUCAGAACAGUCUCCUAAAAAACUUGGUGAAGUGCGUCAAAAGCUGUAUGAAUUAAUAAUACAUGGAGUUCCACCCGAUAUGAUUUUUGCUGGACUAUUAAAGGAACUAGUGCAGAAUUGUGAUAUGAUGAUGAAAUGUGAAGUGGCUAGCUAUGCAGCACAGUAUGAACACAGAAUGAGACUCGGAAACAAACCCAUAUUUCAUAUUGAAGCUUUUGUUGCAAAAUUCAUGGCUAUAUAUAAAAAGUUUGUUGAAGAAUCACUAAUGUGAUAAAUUUCCAUUUCAAUAAUUGAAUUUUCAAGGACAAUUUGUUAUUAGCAGUGAUAUUAAUUAAAUUUAUUUUUGUGCAAAUGGUUUUUGUUCUUGACAAUAGGUUCAUUUUUUUAAAUAUAAUCAAUA